AUGAAGUCGAUCGGUGUAGCCGUCGGGGCGUCAUUGGCCCUCGUGGCCACCCUCUCAGCCCUCAUCGCCAUCCAGACGAUCGUCUCCGACAUUGACCGCAUGCACGACGAGAUCAUGGACGGUCUCGGCGACUUCCGCACGCUCUCUGAAGACACGUGGGUGCGAAUCCUCUCCUUCCAAGUCAACCAGAACGGCGAGAGUAAGCACGUCGACUUUGCCUCGAUUCUCCGUCACAAGAGGCAGGCCCAACAGCACUCACAGUGCAACUGCGCCGCCAACUCCCAGGGCUGCCCUGCUGGCCCACCCGGACCUCCUGGACCUCCCGGAAAGCGUGGAGACCAGGGACCCGAUGGAGACCAUGGCCGCUCCGGAACGCCCGGUAUUGUCCUGGCCGUCACCCACGAUCUUCCCGGAGGAUGCAUCCAAUGCCCACCUGGACCCCCUGGACCUCUUGGACCCGAGGGCAAACCCGGUAACCCUGGAUUCCCCGGUUCCGUCGGAGAGGCUGGACCCCCUGGAGCCGAUGGCGAACCCGGCACUUCCGGAGAGGAGGGAGACCAAGGAAUGCCCGGACAGCCCGGAACUGAUGGAGAAGAUGGACAUCCUGGACGCGAUGGAACUAUGGGAUCACCUGGUGAGCCCGGACCUCAGGGAGAACCCGGCUGGACCGGACCCGCUGGAGAACCUGGAAAGGCUGGCGAGCCUGGCACUGAUGGAGAGAACGGCGAAGAUGGACCCGAGGGACCCCCUGGACAGCCAGGAAAGCCCGCCAACGACGGACCCCCCGGAAAGCCCGGACAGAACGGAAGCCAGGGCAAAGACGCCAACUACUGCCCCUGCCCACCAAAGUCUCGCCGCGCU